AUGACAGAGCUUGAAUUCAAAGAUAUAAAAGGAGAGGCAAGUCGGUUUCCAAAAUCUCAGUCAGCCAGACAUUCAUCUCAAUUUUGCUCGUUUGCUACAAAGGCUCCAAAGAACCACAAUCAAAACAACCAUCAACGAUCGAAUAAUAUCAUAUAUUUUUUCGCAAUGAAGCUCUUACUUGUUUUCGUCAUCCUCUCUGCAUUGGCAUACACCACCCUCUCUGCACCAGCCGACGGGUGUGCUGGUUUCCGCAUCACAUCGCCAACGGCUCCAGGACUCGUCUGGACUGAAGGCCAAUGUUACUCUGUGUCUUAUGAUUUUGGGGCUAGCUCUGUCACAAGUGUCAAUGAAGUCGACCUCUUUACUUCUGGAGGAUCAUUCGUGAAGAAACAAUGGAGCGGAUCUUUGGGACCAGGAACGGGCGAUACCGGUUUAUUUAAUUUGGAUGCAAAUCAUGUUACUGGCGACUAUCACUUUGUGCUAAAGACAAAGACCUCUAGUGGUGCUGAAUGUACAUUCUCAAGCGUGAACUUUCACGUUGUCUUCAAUCCAAACAGUCCACCAGCGCAAUGCUGA